AUGCUUCGUCCCUACUACUUCUCAUUAGGCUUGACAUUCCCGCUAUCAAAGUUUUUCAGGGAGGUGCUCUGUGCCAUGGAAUGUGCCCCCAAUCAAUGUACCUCGAACGUCUACCGGGCAAUCAACUGCUUCGGACGUUUCUUCAAGCUGGAUCUGACGGUGCAAGAGUUCUUCGACUUCUUUGAAGUGAGGCGUUAUAAGAAGUAUGCCCAGGUUCGCGUGUGCAACGCCAAGCUAUUUGACGGUUUGAGUCAAGACGAUCAUGUGUAG